AUGUUCAUUUCUAAAAGAAAACAUUCAUCUCUUAUUCUACAUCACAGAAUUCACAGUAGUGAGAAAACUGACCAACAUAAAGAGUUUGAGGCCUUUAGUCAUCUUCCAGAUCUUAGAGUACAUCAGAGAAUUCCUACUGGUGAGAAACCCUGUGAAUGUGAAGAAUGUGGGAAGGCCUUUAGUCGUGCCUCAAACUUGGCUCAACAUGGAAGAGUUCAUACUGGUGAGAAAUCCUGUGUAUGUAAGGAAUGCGGAAAGGCCUUUAGUGAUGCUGGGAGACUUAGAACACAUCAGACAAUUCAUACUGGUGAGAAACGCUAUGAAUUACAUCAGACUAUUCAUAGUGGUGAGAAGCCCAAUGAAGGUAAGGAAUGUGGGAAGGCCUUUCGUCAAAAAUCACAACUUUUAUGUCAUAACAGAAUUCACAAUGGUGAGAAACCAUUCAAAUGUAAAGAAUGUGGGAAGGCCUUUAGAAGUAAUUAUGCACUUAUUGUACAUCAGCAAAUUCAUACUGGUAUGAAUCCCUGUGAAUGCAGAGAGUCUGAGAAGGGUUUUUGUAGUAGCCAUCCAUGUACUACACAUUGCAGAUGUGAUCCUGUUGAGAAACCUUAUGAAUGUAAGGCAUGUGGGAAGGCCUUUAGUAUGUAUAGAUGACUUACUAGACACCACAGUAUUCAUAGUGGUAAGAAACCAUUUGAACGUAACAAAUGCAGGAAGUUCUUUAGGCUCAAUUCAACCCUUAAAGUAUAUCAGAGUAUUCAUACUGGUCAGAAACCCUAUGAAUGUAAGGAAUGUGGGAAAGUCUUCAGUCAAUCUGCACACCUUGUACAUCAUAACAAAAUUCAUACUGGUUAUAAACCUUGUGAAUGUAAAGAAUGUGGAACGGCCUUUCGUUGUGCUUCAUAUCUUGUUAAACGUGAGAGAAUUCAUACUGAUGAAAAACCCUAUGUGUGUCAAGAGUGUGGCAAGGCUUUUAGUUAUAGGCAUAAACGUACUGUACAUCACAGAAUUCAUACUGGUGAGAAACCUUAUGAAUGUAAGGAAUGUGGGAAGGCCUUUAAUGUGUUUGGACAACUUACUCAGCAUCAGAGUAUUCAUAGUGGUGAGAAACCCUUUGAAUGUAACUAAUGAGGGAAGUGUUUUAGGCUCAUUUCAACCCUCAAAACACACCAGAGUGUUCAUACUGAUGAGAAACCCUACAAAUGUAAGGAAUGUGGAAAAUCUUUUCAUCAAACAUCAAGCCUUGUACUACAUGACAGAAUUCAUACUGGUAAAACGUCCUAUCAGUGUAAAGAAUGUGGAAAGGCUUUUAGUCAUGCCUUACAUCUUGUGAGUCAUGAGAGAAUUCAUACUGGUGAUAAACCCUAUGAAUGUAAAGAAUGUGGGAAGGCCUUUCGUUGUGCUUCAUAUCUUGUUAGACAUGAGAAAAUUCAUACUGGUGAGAAACCCUAUGUAUAUCACGAGUGUGGAAAAGUUUUUAAUAAUAGCCAUCAACUUACUGUACAUCAUAGACUUCACACUGGUGAGAAACCCUUUGAAUGUAACAAAUGCAAGAGGUCCUUCAGGCUUAAUUCAGUCCUUCAAGUACAUGAGAGAAUUCAUACUGGAUAA